AUGAGCUUUGGGAGAAACUACACAUUUUGAGCAGCUCGACCUUUUAUUUAUGUUACGCAGAGCUCUCCCAUAAGAUCCAAUGUCCAGCCUUCAUGAUGCGGGGUAAAAGAGAUGCAUUCCCCCCGCUUCUCUCUUUGGCGCUGACAAUACACGACGUUUGUUUGCUAGUGAUUUUGACGGUGUACGGUAACUGCAUGAUUGGGAGGAGGCUGGAAACGCGUGCCGGCAGUUGCAAAGAGCAAAUCUUACCUGGUACCAGAGUUUCGCUUUUGGACGCGAAGAUUAACCUAAAACUGACAAGGAGUCCGGGGGGAAGAUGCAGGAUGGCGCGACAUUGAGAGCCGAGAAAUCUCCGUCUCUUUUGGCACACUGUUUAUGGCAUAUCAACCCGUAAAGCGGAGGAGUUG